CAGACAGUGUGUUCCACUCCAGUAAAUGGAACCAGAGUUUUUGAUGCUUUAAAAACAUCUUGGGAAUUUAAUUGGUUCAGUGGAGCGCUGUUUAUUUGUAAUAUUUCCAAAGGAUAUUUUGUUAGUAACUUCAAUGGUGAAUUUGGAUAAAGUUCAACUCACCAGGCAGCACAAUGCCCUAACCGACUCCCUUGAACUUUUGGGUCUGUUGGAUCAUUUAGAUGAUGAUUACCUCAGUACACAGUUUGAGAGUGAACGUGACACACAAGCAUCAGCGCUUCAGUGUCACAGUCUUAAAGACACCUGCUUCAAGAGUCAAGACAAAACACAGGCCUGCAGGAAAUUACUCAUUACAUCUCUUCUGUGUUUUAUCUUUAUGAUCGGAGAAGCCAUUGGUGGUUAUGUCGCUCACAGUCUCGCUAUAAUGACCGAUGCUGCUCAUCUCCUCACUGACUUCAGCAGCAUUCUGAUCAGUCUCUUCUCUGUGUGGAUCUCCUCCAGACCCCCAUCCAAACAUCUCACUUUUGGAUGGCAUCGCUCAGAGGUUUUAGGGGCCCUUGUGUCUGUGCUGUUCAUUUGGGUUGUGACGGUGGUUCUUGUUCUCUUUGCUGUUCAGAGGAUCUUCAGUGAUGAUUAUGAGGUACACAGUGAUGUCAUGCUUAUCACAGCUGGAUGUGCUGUGGUACUGAACAUCAUAUUGGCUUUGAUUCUUCAUCAGUCCCCGGGGCACCACUGUCACAGCCACGCCACCUCUUCUCGGGACAGUGGCACUGGUCACUCUCACAGCCUCACAGAAGGGCACAGAAACACCAGUGUGAGGGCCGCUUUUAUUCACGUAGUGGGAGAUCUACUGCAAAGUUUUGGUGUGCUGGUUGCCGCAACUAUCAUUUACUUUUGGCCUGAAUGGAAAAUAGCAGACCCUAUAUGCACUUUUCUGUUUUCAAUACUUGUGCUUGGAACGACAUUCACCAUCUUGAAAGAUAUCUUCAAAAUACUCAUGGAAGGAGUCCCUGGUGGUGUUGACUUUGACUCUGUGAAGGAAGUUCUGUUAUCAGUAGGAGGCGUUAAAUCUACACACAGUCUACACAUGUGGUCGCUUACCAUGAGUGAAACACAGCUCUCAGUGCAUGCUGUCAUAGAUGAGCAGACCAACCCACAGACUGUUCUGAUGGAUAUGACCAAACUACUACAGACUGAAUAUGGAUUCAAAAAUAUCACCAUUCAAAUAGAGACUUAAACUGAUGGCAUGGCCUAUUGUUUACAGUGCCAGGACCCAAUGGACUGAUGUUAGAUUUCUAUGAUAGUUAACUCACACAGACUGCUCCUUUUCCAUUUAAUGAAAGCACACUGUAUAGUGACCAGAUGCUGUCAAGCUUAAAAAAUAAACCAUAAAAGU